UCCAAUUUUACAGAUCUCUCCACCCUCUCGUCGACCUUAAAUCCACCUUCUCCAAACCGUUCAGCCAUCGGGCUCUCCAUUGCCACAGAGCCCAACUAGUUGCUCUGUUGCUCACCGGAGAGGCGGGGCUGUCGGGGGCGAGACACGGAUCAUCCACGCGUGCAUGUCCCGCCUCGUUUGCCCAUCCGUCAAGCCGUCGUCGUCUGUUCUCCUCUUGUUUCCGCCCAUCUACAAACAGUUCGCUGUUUUCCUUGUACUUUCGCUCGCCGUCAUGGAAGGAGUAUCAGGAAUCGGUUGUUUUGUGUGCAGCUCGUUCGACGGCGAAAACAAGGGAUGCGAGGAUCCAUUCAACUCGACCAUGGAUCUUUCAUCAAGGGAUCGCGAUGCAUCGGCAGUCGCCAACUAUAACUAUCCAUGUUGGGCGUACAAAAAAGGACGACACGGCUUGUUUCCCGCGGACCAUUGCAUCAAAAUUGUGGGCUAUCGAGCCGACAACGAAUCGAAGACGCUAGUAAUCCGAACAUGUGCUCUCGACUCAGGCACCCUUACGGCAGACACCGAAAUCGUGCGGAUAUCGCAUUGUGGUAGUUUUAAAUACGAAGGUCAUCAAUAUAAAGGAUGUGUUCAAUCGUGUGAUACAGACGGAUGUAAUUCUUCAUCUGUUCAUUCUUUCCUUCUUCCACUAUGUUUCCUUAUCGUAUUUUCAUUACUUUCCUAACAUUCAUUUCUCUUAAAAUGAAAUAUAUUUAUCUCAUCUUCUCUUCCCUUCAUUCUCUUUUUAAUACGGGUGACCGUCUUUGAUUUUUAAACUAAAAUUACUUGGAGAUUCCCCCCAAAACCCUCUGAUAUCUUUUUACCUUCUCUUUCCAAAUUCCCCCUCCAAUAAGUAUAAGUACCGAUUGUUGUGAUCAUUUGUACUUUUUGACCAUAGUUUCUCAAAUUAUUUUGAAAAACUUUCUAGAUGUGUCCCUGCUACGUUCUCCACCCGAUGAUGAGCUCAAUUUUUCAUUUUUAUUCACAAAAGUUUUAAUUUUCCACCCCAUUCAUUCCCUCUUGACAAAUAGUUCCAUUUGAAAAUUUUCUUUCAAUGAGCACUGUCGUUUUUUUAUUCAGUAUUUAACAAUUAUAUAAAUGUUUAUAUUCAAAU